AUGGGCAAUAAAAGUGAAUUCGAUCGUUUUGAAUCUCUGGAUGCGGCUUUGUCAUACGUUGGCUUAACAUCAGGUUUAUAUAUUAAUGAAACAUUACUAUCGCCACGAUCACCAUCGAAUUGGGCAUCAGCAACGAGUAUUCUUCCGUUGGUAUUAGGUUUCAUUGGUUUAGUGUUCAACAUACUUGCUUUGUUGAUAUUUACGGCAUCGAAAACGUUUCGAAAGAAUUCAUUUCGCUGGUAUAUUUAUGCAUUAACACUUAUCAAUUGUGCAAGUAUUCUAUCUCAUUCAUGGCUUUAUUUGAGUUUCUACAUACCCGAUUCUCUGUAUCUUUGUAAAUAUUUACGAUAUCUUCAACAAUCCACAGCAACAACGUCACUUUGGAUCAUCGUUUUAUUGUCAUUAGAACGUUCGUUUACAUUUUCACGGCCAUUCGCUGUGAAAAAGUUCUUACAGUCUCACACAAUCUGUUUUAUUCUUAUCUUCGUCAUAUUUUUAUGCUUUGCCCUACAUAUUGAUGAAUUAAUAUCCGUUGAUGUCAAAGCGUUUCGCUGGGUAAAUUUUGCCUAUGGGCUUUGCUCAGUUAAACGACAUUUUCGUUUGUCAACUGAUCGGAUUAAGAUCGUCACACAUUCGCAUUCAUUUAUAUUUCCAUUCUUCUUGAAUUCAAUACUUGACGUGUAUAUUUGUUACAAAAUGUGUCAACGACGCAAACGCUUGGCCAUGCCGACAUCCUUCUCGAUACGACAACAUAAGAAUCGGUUUCGACGUUCGAGAAAAUCGGUGGCGCAUGAAAUCACAUUAACACUCUUAUGUCAAUCAUUAUGGUUACUUUUCACUUAUUUUCCUACCCAUCUUUAUUAUUUUCUCUUAUCAUUUAAACUCAUUAAUGACCAUGAUCGAGAUAAUUCGACGCUGACGAUACUUAUGCGUAUCAAUUUACUUGUUUAUCUGGCGUUUUCACCUACACUCUAUGUUAUAUUAAGUUCAACACUUCGACGAGAAAUUCAAUCGUGCAUAUGUCGAUCGUAUAAACGACAUCGAUCAGCAAGCUUGUCGAACAUGUCGAGCACCCAAAACAAAAUUCGACAUAUUUUUUCAUCGUUCGAUCACUACAGACAUCACACGACUCAACGCACGCAUCUAUCAACAUUUGUUACCAUGAGUGAACGUACUGGUCGAAAGGCAACCUUACCACCUAUCUGUGUUCCAUAUAAGAUUGAUUAUCUAUCGAAAAGUUCACCUUGUCUCCUGAUAUACAAUAUCAAAGAUGAGCAAACUCUACCGUUCAAAUCUGAACGGUCUACUACACUUCUUGAGUGA